AAAUACCAGUUUAUGUGUGUAUUCUGUGUAGACACAUGGAGGAAGGCGGUUGGACAUAGUAAUAGGUCCACUUGGCUGCCAACAAAAUGCAAGUCAUGUAUUAUAUCUUUAUAAAUACCAAGCACUCAUUUUAUUUUCUUCACAUCCUCUGCUUACUUCUCCCUCACCCCUCCCAUCAGCUAGCUUUUCUUCACAUCCUGUGCUCACUUUUCUUCUUCAUCUGCAAAGGACUAUAUAUAUGGAGUCCAAAAAGAAAGUAACAGGUGGUUCAUCUUCUUCUUCAUUUGUAGAUCUUUUUGGUCCAAAGGACUCUUCGAUGCAUUCCUCCUCUUCCACUGGACUCUUCAGCUCUGUUUUUGGGCCAUCUUCCACGGGGAUAGGAAAGGACUUUUCACGCUCAGGAUUCUCGAGAACGCCCAGAAACCAGAAUUCUGAACGUGCAAGUGAAUAUGGCAGUGCAAAGUAUGAUACCCAAGAAAAUCAUACAACUCCAAAAGGCUGUGGUAAAAGUGGAGGCAUACACAGCAAGGACAGGAGCACCAAUUAUGACAAUGAAACAGUACAGCCUUGUUAUUUCACCUCAUCAAUCUACUAUGGCGGACAAGAAGUUUAUUCUACAAAUAUCCAGUCGAAAAAUACUUAUAAUGCUUUCAAGAAAGAGGAAGGUGAUGAUGAUUCUAACGGAAAUAAUAUGAACAGUGCUUCACGAGGAAACUGGUGGCAGGGAUCCUUGUAUUACUAGAGUUUCUGCGCACAUGCGGUAUAUCAUUCAGUGAUCAAGGAUUUUAGGAAUUGCUGUUGCAACGUUUUCUUGGCUGCGGAACUCCCAGGAGAAUCGGAAAGCUCAAGUAUAAAUGGUAACACGGGUUCUGCACAAUUUUGCCUCAGCCCCUAUCGAUCCUGCAAUUAUCAACACCAAGAGAUCCUAAAGCACAUAUACUUCAAUAGAGACUCUGUAGUAGAGAGAGCUUCAAAUGAGACACGGUGACAGUGCAUAUUACCCUCCACCAGUGUGUUAUGUGUAGCUAAAAUGCUCAACAGUCUGACAACCCACAAUUCUUAUAUUUGGAUGUACCAUAAAUAUAGGACUUUCAGUUCAUUUUCA